UUUAUUAUCACGACAGUUUCAUUUGUGUUUUGGCCGGCAUACGGUUACUAUGUCUUUCUAGAUGCGAUGUGACUAAAUUUAAAUUACGAAAUAUUUAGAAAUGGCUUCUAGUGUAUCCAGUGUAGUAGUCUUGGACAGGGGAAAUAAUACGACUUGUACUAUAAAUUUGCUUGGUGCCACCGUAGUUUCAUGGAGGGUCAACAAUCAAGAGCAAUUAUUUGUGAGUAAAUUGGCAGUUUUUGAUGGUCAAAAAUCAAUUAGAGGUGGAAUUCCCUUAGUUUUUCCACAUUUUGGACCUUGGGCCUAUGGACCACAACAUGGGUUUGCAAAGAUUUGUAGAUGGGAAGUUGAAAAACAACCAGAACCAUACGAAAAUGGUGACAUAGAAGCAAUUUUUUCUGUUGUAGAUACUCCUUUUACAAAACAGAUGUGGAACUACAGUUUUAAGUUAGUGCUGAAAGUAGUUCUAAGAGAAAAAGAGCUGCAAGUUGGUCUUAAUGUUAUUAACACCUCACCAGAACCUUUUCAAUUUACUAUGCUAUUCCAUACUUAUUUAAAAGUACCAGAUGUCAGAAAGUGUUCUAUAUCUGGUCUUCAUGGAUGCAUGUUUGUUGACAAAACAAAAGAGAAUAGCAUUUAUCAAGAAUCAAGAGAAUUGGUAACAAUUGACAAUUGGAUUGACAAUAUAUAUCAAAAUACAUUACAAGAACACAUAAUUUCAAAUGUAGUUUCGGGAAGAAAAAUGAAAAUGGUGAAGUACAAUUUACCUGAUACUGUGGUAUGGAAUCCAUGGGAUGUAAAAGCCAGUACCAUGAGUGAUUUUGGUGAUGAUGAAUAUCCAAACAUGAUUUGUGUUGAAGCUGGAGCUGUGAUGACUCCUAUAACAUUAAACCCUAGUAAUACAUAUGAAGGAACAAUUAUUUUACAGGUGAUGUGAGUAGAGUCUGGAGCUGCCGCUGGUGGGGCGAGAUCUAAAGUUCGUGGUGUACAUACACGCCAACGAUGUUCGCCACUUGCUGCAGACAUUAAUAGGAAUACCGGCAGCUCCUAUUUUUCAUCACAGAACUCUCCUAUGUCCUCUGUGUUCAAUAGACAACCUGCAGUGAACCAUGGUUGGUUCACAUCUAUGAUGUCUUCAUCUGAUUUUUUCACCCCACAAAUAUACUCAUCUAAUAAUCCUGUAACACCUGUUCACCAUAAUUCUACAUGUGGUCAAAAUUCGUCAUGCACAAUAUGCUCACUCAAUUUAUAAUAUAAUAGCAUAUUUCAUAGAUAACUAAGUAAAAUAUUUAAAUCAUUGUAAAUAUAUAUAUUAGUAAAUAGUUCACUACACUGUUCAUAGAUUUAUUAGUAAAAUGUUUCUUUCAAUAAAAAUUGUAACAUAUGGUUAAUGUUUGUUUAAAAAAAAUGUAAAUCAAAUUAUUACACUUUUUUUUAUGUAAACUUAAUCGUUACUAUAUAUUUUGAAUAUAAUAAUUGAUAAUGUUUUUAAAAUUUUAAUUGUAUUAAUAUUGUUAAGACAAUUAUCACUAUUAAAUGAUAUUUUUAAUUUAUGUAUGUAAUACUUUUUCAUUCAAAAUUUGUAGACUACAAGUUCAAUUUCCAAUUGUUAAAAAUUAUACAUUGUUAUUUUUUAGUUUUUUAUUACUUAAGAAAACAUUACAUUUUAUUAAAUGUGCCAUCAUACAAAUUUUAUUUAUGAAUUACUAUUUAGUUCCAUGUUAUAAUUUAACUAUUUAGUUUAGAUUAAAAUGUUAAAUUUUUAAUCUUUUUAAUGGUAAUAUAUAUUUAUUUAAACAAUUUA